AUGCGCCUGCCCUCCUUGACCUGCUUGCUGUCCAUCGUUGCAGGCGUUCUGGCAGCAACGCGGAAUGUUCAGAAGCGUGCUGUACCCGCUGGUUAUGUGACUACAAACGGGACGGAAUUUGAAUUAGAUGGAGAGCCUUUUGCGUUCGUGGGGACGAAUUCUUUCUGGCUGCCUUUGUUGACCACAACGGAUGACGUUGAUGCGACUUUCGAGACUAUGGCGAGCAUGGGAGUGAAAGUCGUCCGCACCUGGGUAUCGUCUCUAUCAUGUACAUCCUUCGUGCUGAUUCUGAGCAAAUAUCUCGACGUUCAGGCAUUCAACAUGAUUAAUGCUACAGAACUUCCAGGCGCUCUCGAGUCCGGUCUGACAUACUACCAGCUAUGGAACAACAGCGACUGGACACUCAACGAAGGUCCUCAAGGUCUGCAACGCCUUGACUACGUUGUUGAUACUGCAGCCAAGUAUGAUAUCAGACUCAUUCUCACUUUUGCAAACAAUUGGUUUGGUUAUGGGGGCAUGGAACUGUACAUCUACUGGUUGCUAGGUCCGGAUAGCACCCAUGAUGAAUUCUACACUGAUGCAUUGACUAUCGCUUCCUACCAGAGAUAUGUGCAAACUAUUGUCAAUCGCUACCAAAAUUCCUCCACUAUCUUUGCUUGGGAGCUCAUGAACGAGGCUCGUUGCGCUGGCGAUAGUCUUCCCUCCGGAUCCGAUUGCGUGCCGGGCUCUGAGACUUUGACAACUUGGUACCAACUUCAGUCGGACUUCGUUCGAAGCUUAGACCCUUACCACAUGAUCACAACCGGCGGAGAAGGUCAAUUCUAUUGGGCUGAACCUGAAUAUUACUGGUACGAUGGCCAGUAUGUCAGCGAUUUCAAUUACAAUGCCGGCGAGGACUUUGAAGCAAGCCUUCGGUUGCCAAACAUUGAUUUUGGUACCUACCAUAUGUAUCCUCAGACUUGGUAUCCCGAACUUGAUUACCCGGGUUCCAAUUUCUCUGUUGAAGCAUGGGGUCUCAACUGGAUGUACGAUCACAUCGCCACUGCAGACGUGGUAGAAAAACCUGUGAUUAUCGAGGAAUUCGGGGCUCUCGGGCUGGACAACAAGUCUACCAUAUAUCCAGUCUGGGUUAAUUUUGGUCUUGAAUCGAGACAUGCGUUCAAUUCACAGGGGGUAAGGAUUCAACCUUGGCAGUUCGGCAUGUUGAACCUGACUGAGGAUGGCGGUAAUCGUAUCAUCAAGUACACUGAUGCGAUCAGCAACGGCGCCUCUCCUAACGAUGGCAAGUUAUUUCCAACCGUUCAGACGCCCGUAUUCCUUGACAUCUAA